AUGUGCAGACAACAGUGGUUCUCGUUGCUUUUGGCUUUGCUGCUAAUUUACUGUGGUCUCGGUGCCAAUUCAGCAGUCAUUGCGGGAAACGAUGACCUGUGUAAGAAAUAUUUACCGUCGAACUGCAAUGAAGCAGUUCAUUUGGCGGGGAGCAAAGCUAAAAGUGGAAUAUAUAAAAUUGGAUUGCCACUGCCACAAGGUGUUGUUAAAGAGUUCUAUGUUAACUGCUUGCUGGAUCCAUUGGGUGGAGAAGCCUGGACGCUAAUACAACGACGACAAGACAAAUCUAUAGAGUUUUAUCGUGGCUGGGAAGAGUACAAGAACGGCUUUGGCAACUUAAAUACGAAUUUCUUUAUUGGUCUCGAUAAAUUACAUGCCCUAACGGAAUCACAGUUACACGAAUUAUGGAUCAAGUUGAAGGACUUCGACGGUGCGGAGAAGCAUGCCAUGUACGACAGUAUUGCCAUUGCCGAUGAAAGCCAAAAAUAUGCAUUGAAUAUUUUAGGCACAUAUUCGGGCACAGCAGGUGACGCCUUAACUGAGCCACACGGUGGCGCUAAGUUCAGCACAUUCGAUCAGGAUAAUAGCGAGCGUGGUGUAAAUUGCGCAGACUUAUAUAAAGGCGCUUGGUGGUAUGGAAAGAAUGGUUGCCACAGAAGCAACUUAAAUGGACUCUACCAUAAUGGCUACUUUGAUACUUAUGCUGAAGGUAUAGUUUGGUCGAAUUGGCAUGGAUUCAACUAUUCGCUGAAAUAUGUGCAUAUGGCAAUUAGACCGAAAGAUCUGCGUAUCGGUAAUGAAUUGGUGAACUAA